AAUAUUUACAUAUUUCUCUCUGCUUUAAAGCUCAAUUCUGAAGUGCUUUGCGAGCACCCGUUUGUGGCAUUUUAACAGGACGGAUCUUCAGUAUUUUCAGUAUGGAAUUACGCCUUGACCUUCAUCAAUCGCCUGUCAAUCAAAAUGUGACAUCCUUGGUUACGGCGCUGACAAGUGACGUCCAUUGCUUUAGAAGUUGGCGAUUCAUCUGUCAUCUCUCUUUAACAUUGACCUCCAUAUUCUAUUUGUCUACUUGUCUGCCUCUCGUCUCAUUGCCUGUUGUCCAUCUGUCUGUCUGUCUUCCUGUACUGUAUAUUUAUUGUCUGUCUGCCUUGUCCUUUUGUCCGUCUGUGUGCCCGCCAUUUCUGGCCCGCCCCAACGGUUCUUUUAAGAACCAAAGUUCUGCUGUCAAUAUGGCUUCAAAGGAAGAUGCUGAGGAUGCUCAUCUUAGGGAGCUUCUGAAACAAGGUCAAGCUUAUGCCAAGGACCUUAAUCCUGAACCGGCUAAGAACAAAAAGAGGACCACAAAAAACAGGUUGAGGAUUAGUUGGAGAAAGAGAGAUGUGCGGGGAGCAUUAGUCCCUCAAACUACCAAAUGUCGAUCUUCAACUGCACCCAGGGCUGGAACGAAGAAAUGCAAGGACACUGUCAGUGACACACAGGACCUUGUUGAGGACAGGGAUCAUCAGGAAUCAGUUCUUUAUUCCCUUCUUCGAGCGGUCAAAGAAAUGUUACGUGAUGGUCAGCCAGCAGCCCCUGAGUGUGAGAAACACACAGAGGCACAAGAUUGGGGAAUUCGAAAUGCCUGUUCUGCAGAGAGGUGGAAAGUGUCCCGCCCGCAUCUCAUCAACAGCAUGCUGUCAGAUGAGGCAGUAUUGCCCACCACCUGCCAGUGGUGUAGGCAAGGAGUGGCUGUGAUGAGGUGUAGUGAGUGCUUACCUCACCAGUAUCUGUGCAUGGCCUGUGACAAAGAGCAACACACCAGACAUGUUCUGCACAACCGGAGAUCCCUGAUCUCAGGCUACCUCCACCCUGUGCCUCCCACCUCAUUUGUCAGCCAGGAUGCUGACGGGCAAUAUUCCCUUACCCACCAAGCUCAACUUCUACCUUUAGAGGUAUCAGCCUGCCAAACCUGCCAGCUCCCCAUGACUGUUAGUGUGGGGAGGUCCAUUGUUUUAGUGACCAUGAAUGGUCGCUAUGAUCUUGUCCUCCCUGAAGCACAUUGUGAAUGUUGUGCCUCUCAUUGGACACCUGCGCUGGAAGACGUUGUGCAAAGUGGGUACUGGCCAGGGACGGUCAACUUCAAUAGUCUGUUUCAUGUUGACGUUUUCCAGUCAUACCUGGAGUUAAAAAUGUCAGCACCUGGACUGUCCCGUCUGGCAUUUACCACAAUGCUAGACAAAAAAAACAGCCGCUUUGGAAGAAGUGGUAAAAUAUCUGGAGACACUUUCCACCAAAGCUUCAUGGAAUGGGCCAUCUGCAGAUAUGAGGUUGACAAGAUGUGCCAGGAGCAGCCGUUUGUCUGCCCUCCAUGCACUCCCGAAAUGCUUGUGGUAGCAGUGGAUGGCAAUCGCAAGCAUUAUCGUUUCAAGAAGGCAGGGAGUCAGGACAGUCAUGGCCACUUGGAAGGUGUUUUCCUUUGCGAGGACAGCAAGGUGUCAGAGUUUGUAGACCAUGUCCACAAGGCCACCAAGCAUGUUCCCGGAAAGGGUGUCUGUGGUGGGGCUGAAUUUGCUGCUGCUAAGGAGAUCUCCAGAAAAUCUAGCAGCAAGCUUGAUGAAGAGGGCAUUGAGCUUGCUGUCUGCAGGCAUGGCACAAUCCUUAGAGGCCUUAAUAUGUUUAGGGGGGAAAUAUAUGCAUAUGCCCUCUACUUGCAGAAGGAAUUGGGCAACACUGCAACUUUCUUCUGCACUGAUCUUAUGUGCAAGUACUGGCCCUACUUGCAGAAGGUCUGCAGAGUAUGCCCAGAACUACAACAUCUUCUAGGCAUGAAGCCCUUUCUUUCUGUCCUCCAUGCAAAGGCCCAUGGAAUGAAGUGUGAGAUCAAAUGGGGUGGGGGGUUCCAGGAGAAUGCUGCCUGCACCCUGGGAGAAGAAGUGGAGCAGGCCAACGCCUUCCUCUCCAGGAUAGCCAUUUCCACAAAAUAUAUGUCAAAAGCUGCACGCACCGACAUGAUCACACUCUUGUGCAUGAGAUGGAACCAAGCCAAGGUCCAGCACAUGAGCUCCUACCUCAGCAGACGAUUCCUGAAGACCAAGCAAAGUCUGCAACAACAAAAAGACAGCUAUGAGGCCUUAAAGACAGAGCUGUCAGUCGACAACUCCACAAUCCUGCAGUGGGUGACCGAUGUUCAGGAGUGGGCUGAGAGUGCACCAGUGGAGGACAGUGAUGCACCUGUGGAGUUGCAGAAGAAGAUGGAGGAAAUGUCUGCCAGCAUCAGGCAGAGAACACAUCGGCUGUACAGGCAGAAUGACACAAACAAGGGUCGCCACAGGAUGAGAGCCAAAAUAAGAGAGGAGAAAGGGAAGCUGGCUGCCCUGGUCCUGGAACAUAAUACACUUGUCCAGCCAUCCGAAAGAGUGGAGUCAGUGGAGUUAAUCUUCCAGCCGGAAUACAUAUUCCCCUGGCACGUUCCAACAUCUGAUACUGACAUUCUCACAAAAAAGAAGGUCUUUGAGAAGGUCAUGGGUAUCCGGAGGCUGGAGGAGGAAGAAGUGGUCCUCGUCAAAGAGAUGAAGCAGCACUGGGAAUACCUGAAGAGACGUGCUGAGGUCUUGGAGCAGUCAAUCUCUGGUGACUGAUGGAACCUGUCACCAAAAGGGAGGAAGGGACUCCAAAGUUUGCACCAGAGGAAACUUACAGAGUUGAAGUCUCACCAGGCUGUAGUGAGACAGAUGUAUCUCCAACACCUCCACCUGGAUCUUACAGAACCCGACCUGGACCUGGAAGAACUCCUGGAAGAGGGCCAGGACUUUUUAAGCUCUGACACCAGCUCAGAUGAUCACGACGAUGUCAACACCUAGGCAUCGACAGAAUAUCAAUGUUAUGCAUUUGAAUUUGGGUAUUGUGAGACAAAUAAAUGCUUUUCUAGAACAAUUUCUUGACUGGAAAUAAAUACAUUUUACUUUUCUUGCUUCAGGUCUAUGUACCUGUUUUAUCAACAACGUGCUCUACAUUAGAUCAUGUUGCCUACCACUGAUAUCUAAUAACAUCUGCUACCCAAAAAAGGCAUUACAAUAUAUUUGCAUGUUUCUAUUCCCCUUAUUUCAGACAGUAAGACUCAGUAGUAGUUAAUGAACACUUUGUACAAUACAUAUUUUGGCUCGUAUUUUGUUUACAUACUAACCCUUCUUUCUGUCUACCUGUAUUACGCCCUCCACAGGCUCUGCCUGUCUUUCUGUUUCUGUCUUUCUGUUUGUCUGUGUAUGUGUGCAUCUCCAGGCUCCAGUGAUCCAGUCCAUCCUACCUGCACAAGAUCCACACCUGCGGUCCAGUUUCCCAAUAACUUGCGGUGACAUACCCUGGUUUGCCCUGGUAGCUACGUUCCCAGCCUCGUUGUACUUCCAAGUCUAUUAUCUACUAUUUGUAUUCAAAGUGUUCUAAUAUUGCACUUUCUUGUGUCCCAUGGGUUUUGUGUUUUAUUGUCCAAUAAACUUUGGUAUUAUUUUUAUAAACAUU